GGAACUGAGAACUGUAAGAUUUCCAUGACCCAUUGAAGUUUUGCACAUGGAGAGGAUAUUUAAAUACUAUUCUGGGACUCUGCUGCAUGUAAACAACCCCCAGUAUCACUGCGUCAUGAAAUCCUUUAGCAUGAGCAAAAAAAAAAAUAAUAAUUCAACUUUUGCAUGAAUCACUCUGUUAGCUCUCAAUGACACUGAUGGUUUGCUUCAUCCCAGCCAGAUCAGAUUAUCCCUAUUUCUCCUGUGGGACUAAUUAAACUUUUGAACUGUCCUGUAACCUCGUCAGAAAUGAGAAGUGAAGAAGUGACCUAUGCAGACCUGAAAUUCAUGACACUGGAAAAAUCUCAGGACCAGGAGCUCCAGACUGUCACAGCAAAAGAUUCCCCCAGCCCAUCUUCCUGUUGGCGACUGGCUACAGUGAUGCUUGGGGUCUUCUGCCUAAGUUCAGUGGCAGCUGCAGGAGUCUUGGCUGCCAAGUGUAAGUAUGGUCACAGGAGUGUUCAGAGUUCAGUAUGAGAAACUAAAAGCCUAGGAAAUUGGUUAAAGAAGAGGAUUAGCUAGGAAAUUAAUGAUGAAAAAAAACUGGCCCUUGCUGGGAGAGUUUACCCACUCAAGAGAUCUCCCAGUCUUUGAGAUUGGUAUGUAUUAUGUCAUGCCUAUGGGUGUGCACAAACUGUAAGUAGGUCAGGUAUAUUCAGUUAUGGGGAGGUACGUGUGUCUUUGGUAAAUUUAUUCAGGUUGCAUUGGGCAGUUUAUCUUUAAUAUUGAUGGAACAAUUUCCUUCUUGUUUUUCUGCGAUUCAAGUCAUCCUGGUCUCCCACCUUAUGCAUGAAAGGGAUGAAAACUUCACCCUGCAAAAGGCAAUUAUGGAAAGCCUCAACCAGCAGCUAGAGCUCCUCCAGGCUCAGAAUUUGAACUUGACAGAGACUGUAAAGCAACUUGCCACCCACAGAGGACAUAAAUGUAUUCAUUGCCCUGAGAACUGGCUACAGUACGGGGAGAACUGCUACUUGUUUUCAGAGGAAUGGAAAACCUGGCAAGAAAGCAAGGCAAAAUGCUUGGCUCUGGAGUCCAGACUUCUUAAGAUAGAGAGUAAGGAAAAGCUGGACUUCAUAAUGCGAUCAGCACUGUCUCACAGUUCUUCCAUUUUUUGGAUUGGGCUGUCUCGCAACAGAGCAGAGGGGACCUGGCUGUGGGAGGAUGGAUCAGCUUUCUCCUCUGAUUUGUUUCAGAUCCAACGAGCCAGCUCAAGUCCUUCUCUAGAUUGUGUGUGGCUUCAAGGUGCAAACAUAGACACUGCACAGUGUGGUGAAUACAAAUUUUACAUCUGUGAGAAAGUGAUGGAUCCUGUGAUGGUCGAGCAAGUGAGCUACUCAGACAGGCACUAGGGUGCAGAGCUCUGUAGAGAGCCCCGUCCUGGG